AUGAAGCUCGUCAGGUUUUUGAUGAAAUUGAACAACGAAACCGUAUCAAUCGAGCUCAAGAACGGCACAAUUGUUCAUGGCACCAUUACAGGUGUUGAUAUUAGUAUGAACACACAUUUGAAAACAGUUAAACUAACACUGAAGGGGAAAAACCCAGUGACUCUGGAUCACCUCAGUGUGAGGGGUAACAACAUUCGCUAUUAUAUCCUUCCCGACAGCUUGAAUCUUGAGACUCUGCUGGUUGAAGAGGCACCUAGGGUCAAGCCUAAGAAGCCAACUGCUGGGAAGCCUUUGGGGCGUGGACGCGGUCGAGGGCGUGGACGCGGUCGUGGCCGUGGUCGUUAA